AUGGCGUUGUUAUCACGGAGAAUCCCCAGCAUAACUCUGCUCGCAGGCCCCCGCCGCUCGUUCGCCUCAUCGAAUAGCCGGCAUACAGCCGACCAGAAUAAUAAUCCCUUUGCGACGGGCCCAGCGCCUCCACGCCUGCCCAAAGAAGAGCAAGAAAUAUUCGAAGAACUACAGAAACAAUCUACAGGCGCUUUUAGUACGCCGCGAACGCCUCCGAAAAUCAACCAGUCUCCCGAUUCGCAGCCCGAACACGCCGCGCAAAAGGCAUCGUCAUCAUCAUCCGAUCAAGAACUUCACCCGCAUGUGAGAGAGGGCGUCAAGCCCGAGUUUGAAGGAGAAAAGAAUCCCAAGACGGGCGAGGUUGGGGGUCCGAAGAACGAGCCAUUGCGCUGGGGUCACCAAGGGGAUUGGAGUUACAAUGGCCGUGUGACGGAUUUCUAA